CAGCAGUAUCCCACCCCAAACCCCCCCCCCCUCCACCCAGUGGUUCCAUCGCGUCGACCAUGGCAUCGACUUCAAAAGUUCCGUCGUCUUCAACAUCUGCAUCCGCCUCAUAUUCUUCCAGGCGAUGGGUCAAGAAUAUUUCGUCCAUAGCAGCUCGCAUCUACUUCCUCCUCAUAUUUUUCCAGAUCCCUCUCUUCAGGGUCACUUGUAGAUCUGGUGUCUGCACAACCCCAAUGCACGUCACAUCGUCCCAGUUGAUCGCAAGUGAAAUAUUUCCCGUUCCUCUUAUUAAGGCUCUCCUAUAUCCUGGAGCUGUUAUAAAUGGCCUUAUACAAAAUAAGACUGUUCCAAGCUGGGAUGAUUUAUUGGACAUAUAUAACUUGACUAGUAUAAAGGAAGCUUCUGCAGUAACUGAUCUCCAACGCUUAGAGGUUCUUGCAGGUAGCUAUUUCUCUGUGGCAGGGGCGCUCGUGGGUCUUUUAAAGCCAGGGAGAAUGAGCAUGUUCGGGACACUUCUUGUAAUUUGGGGACUUGUGAAGGAAGGGAUUUUAGGAAAACCAGUAAAUACUGACCCUUCUAGAGCUGUGUACGUGUACCCGACAAUGCUGAUUGCCCUGAUAUGCGCCUUCUCAUCAGUGAAAUAUGAUGUGAAGAAAGUUGUUGGAUCAGUCCCUGCUCGACCUACUGCUAAACCACUUCAAAACUCAUCCAAGUCUAAGCUUAAAUAGCCCUUACUUGUGUUCCACAAUUUUUCGGUUCAAUUGUUUAUGAGUACAUUUCUAUGCUUAUCUCUUGUGUAUUUAUGGUCCUUAUGGAUUAUAAUCACAUAAUUUUGGUACCUCGGCAA